AUGCGUGAAAUCGUUCAUAUUCAAGCUGGACAAUGCGGUAAUCAAAUUGGCGCUAAAUUUUGGGAAGUUAUUUCGGACGAACAUGGUAUUGAUCCAACUGGUACAUAUCAUGGCGAUUCUGAUCUUCAACUUGAACGUAUCAAUGUCUACUACAAUGAAGCAGCUGGUGGCAAAUAUGUUCCCCGUGCUGUUCUUGUUGAUCUUGA